AUGCAUAGGGACAAGUUUCAACCAAAAGCUUCUCCUUGUGUGUUCAUUGGAUAUCCCUACGCUAAAAAGGGUUACAAACUCUUCAACUUAAAUACCAAGUCAGUUUUGUACUCUAGAGAUGUCAUUUUUCAUGAAUCUGUAUUCCCCUAUCAAUUGAUACACUCUACUUCUUCUUCUUCUUCUACUCCAACUUCAUCCUUUCCCAUGUACUCCUUUGAUACACAUUCUGAUUUGCAUAGUUCCAAUCCACCUGGACCUUCCUCUCCAACUGUCUCCAUCCCAUCUAACUCACCUACUCCUGAUCCUUUUUUACCACCUGAACAUGAUCAUGUUCAGCCCACCUUCCCAACACAUGAGUUAGAACCUCAACCUCAUCCAUUUCCUAUGAUUAUAAAAAGUUCUAGAACCCACCACAUACCAUCUCACUUGAAGUACUAUGUUGUACAACUUCCACCUUCCCUUUCCUCUUCCACUUCUUCCUCCUUUUCUGCUACACAACAUGUACUAGUAGAACCUCAUUCUUACACUCAGGCUGCUGCUAGCCCCGCUUGGCAGGAAGCUAUGGCCAAAGAGUUUGAAGCCUUGGAGGCAAAGAAGACUUGGCAGAUUGUUGAAUUACCUUUUGACAAGAAACCAUAG